UCCCCCCAGGCCAAAAUCCUGCACAUGAUGGACGACAACAAGCAGCUGGCGCUGCGCAUCGACGGGGCGCUGCAGGCGGCGGGCCAGGAGGUGACGGCGCUGCGCGCCGAGCUGGCGGCCACCGGCCGGCGCCUGGCCGAGCUGGGCAGCGACCCGGCCAUGGAGCACGGCCCGCACGGCGCGCAAGCGCUGCUGCGGGAGGAGGUGGCCCAGCUGCAGGAGGAGGUCCACCUGCUCCGGCAAAUGAAGGAAAUGCUGACCAAGGACCUGGAGGAGACACACGGCAGCAAGUCCCCGGAGGUGCUGUCGGCCACCGAGCUGAAGGUGCAGCUGGCACAGAAGGAGCAGGAGCUGGCACGUGCCAAGGAGGCUCUGCAGGCCAUGAAAGCCGACCGCAAGCGCUUGAAGGGGGAGAAGACAGACCUGGUGAGCCAGAUGCAGCAGCUGUACGCCACGCUGGAGAGCCGGGAGGAGCAGCUCCGGGACUUCAUCCGCAACUACGAGCAGCACAGGAAAGAGAGCGAGGACGCGGUGAAAGCCCUGGCAAAGGAGAAGGAUCUCCUGGAGCGGGAGAAGUGGGAGCUGCGGCGGCAGGCCAAGGAAGCCACGGACCACGCCAGCGCCCUCCGCUCCCAGCUCGACCUGAAGGACAACCGCAUGAAGGAGCUGGAGGCCGAGCUGGCCAUGGCCAAGCAGUCCCUGGCUACGCUGACCAAGGACGUGCCCAAGCGCCAUUCCUUGGCCAUGCCGGGCGAGACGGUGCUGAACGGGAACCAGGAGUGGGUGAUGCAGGCUGACCUCCCGCUGACCGCCGCCAUCCGGCAGAGCCAGCAGACCCUCUACCACUCACACCCCCAGCACUCGGCGGACCGGCAAGCUGUCAGAGUGAGCCCCUGCCAUUCCCGGCAGCCGUCCAUCAUCUCCGACGCCUCCGCGGCCGAAGGUGACCGAUCGUCCACUCCGAGUGACAUCAACUCACCCCGGCAUCGAACGCACUCGCUCUGCAACGGGGACAGUCCUGGACCGGUACAGAAGAACUUGCACAAUCCAAUCGUACAGUCUCUAGAAGACCUGGAAGACCAAAAACGGAAAAAGAAGAAAGAGAAGAUGGGCUUUGGCUCCAUCUCCAGGGUGUUUGCCCGGGGCAAGCAGCGCAAGUCCCUCGAUCCCGGGCUCUUCGAUGGGACGGCCCCCGACUACUACAUCGAGGAGGACGCGGACUGGUGACGGCGCCAGAGCCUCUCCUGGCCCUGCACAUGUACAUAUCCCCAGUCCCAGAGCCCUGUCCCACCUGUGGACGUGUUACCUGUUGUCUUGGGAGCGAUGCAGCUGUGUCGUAACUUCAGUUUUUUUCCCUUUUUUCCAUGGUUUUUUUUUUCUUUCUUGUUUUGUUUUUCCAUCCCGGUAACUCCUUUGUUGUCGCUUCAGUUUGUCCGUUUGGGUUGGGUUUUUUUUUUCUUGUUUUGGGAGGGUUUUUUUGUUCUUUUUUCUUGUUCUUUUGACAAAACUUGAAACUUGAAGGACUGCUGUGUCUCUGUAAAUACGACAAAUAUUGUGCACUUUGUGCUUGUGAUGUCUCUUGUCCGAAACCGCUGUUUUCCGGAGCCCAGCCUGCGGGAUGUCCUCGCUUGGGGACAAAGGACCUGCCCAGCUGAGGGAUCUUAGAGAGAAAACACACAAAAACAACAACAAGAAAAUCUCCUUCGCUGUGAUGUCUUCCUGGCCGAGCCCCGCGGAGGCGACCCGGGCUGGUUGUUACGCCUGCCGGUCUGGAAAUAAGUGUUUUAACGUUCCUUUUUAGUUGUUUUAAUUUAUUUGCACAAACCCAGAGGAGCUAUUCUAACUAAAUUAUUGCAGAAGUUUUGGGAUUUUUAUAUUUUUCCACGUCGGUUGGGAUGGGGCGGGGAGGAGGAAGGGGGUGUUUGUACUGUACUGUCCUGGGAAGUUGCUGUUGGGGGAGAUUGGGGCUGUGGACCCCCCAGCCCAGGCUCCCUCAGCUGCCCCAGGAGCACUUAACGCCUUGGAAAACGCAAACCUAAACACAUGCCGGGAGAUCAGAUGGGGGCAAGCUGGUGGGAGCUUUGCCCGCUGUUUUUCCCUGCUUUUGGGGGGUGCUCACCCUUUGCUUCAAGUAAAAUUUAGGGGGAUCCGGCACGAGCUGGGAGAAAGGUGAUAUCCCGAGAUAUCCCAUAUCCCAAGGUGUUGCUCAGAUAGGGCUGGCCACCCCGCUCCAGUUUGGGGUGUUACUGCCGUCAGAGGGGGCUGGGGAAAUCGGUACGAGUCCCCACUAGGGAGGUUUUUCUGGCUCUGGGGUGAUUUGGAAGCACAGGUGGAGCUUGUUUUUCCAAACUCCUUGGAAAUGCCCCCAAACCACCCCCCGGUGCGGCAGCCGCUUCCCCUCUCCACUAACACGUGCCGCGCUCUGCUUAUGCCAAGAUAAGUACCUUAUGCUUUAAUGCUUACAGUAUAAUUUUAAGCUCUUAAAAAAAAAUGUAUUAAGAUUUAUUUAAUGAACUAUAAUAGUGUAUUAUUUUUCUUAAUUCCGAUACAUGCGCCCUGGUUGAAAAAAAAAAAGGGUAUUUUGUCUUAAAUCUCCGAACUAAACCGAUGCCCUCGCGCUGUAUAUUCCAUUCCAAGGGAUGAUGCAGAGAGGCCAUGGAGGGGGUGACAGAGGGACCAGCCCCCCCAGGCUCUCCUGGGGUGGCAGGGCAGGCUUUGCCCCAUGGCAUCUUUUCUCUGCAGAGAAGCAUUUUUAUAUAUUUUGUUGUUUUUUGGGUUCUGUUUUGUUUUGUUUUUCUUUGUUCUCCUUGCGUUUUUAUAAUUUAAACUCUAAACCACCAGAACAGAUGAGCGAUCUCCUUGUUAUCGAGUAGUUUCCUUUGCAUUUCAGCUUUUUUGUAAAUUAGGAAGUAAUUCUAAAAAUUACUAAGAGGAUGAUUUAUUUAAAAGAGAACUUUGCUAAAUAGCAUAUGAAUUAUGGGUAACAUUAGAUUUAACUUUUCCUCCUGUGAGCGGGGGAGAAUCCUUGAAGGCAUGGAUGCAAAUAUAAAAUUAUAAAAGAUCUAAAUAAAGCUUAUUUUAAAG